AUGUGGCUGUGCGGGGUCGUUGCGUUGGAUGGUCGUGCCUGCGUUUUUACUUGGAUUGACGCAUUGAUUCUAGGUUCCUCCGAAUGUGCACUAUAUAAGGUGCAACUGCUCCAGCCCGACAGCUUGACUUCUCCUCCUUCACCAUUCAAUUGCGUCUCCAGACUCUCACUGCACCAAGACAUCAACUCACAGCUUCACCAACCUAACGUCGACGGCGACUGGUGCGAUGCUGAGUUCAACCUGAACGAUGUUCUGGGUAACGACGAGGGCCGCAUUCACUGGGACGGGGUCAACUUUGCCGACUCGGUCGAAAACGUCGAGUUCCACAUCGAGGGUGGUGGCGAGGUGCCCGUCCUCCGCUGCUUCUGCCGUGACAGCGAGGGCGAGGAGUUUGCUCGCGAUGUCAACCUGGCCGAGCGAAUCCAGAAUGAGAAUGGACGAUUCAUCUACGGUACGUGGUCAUUCACUCCACCGGAUAUAUGGUAUGUCGAAUUGACAAAACAUAGUUUGAACGGACGAAUUCUCGCCUCCAAACAGCGACCAACGACGGUACCAGUGAAUCCGGAUCAACUACAUCGACCGCGCACAAUUGAAGAUGACGGGAUGUCCGACCGGUUGGGCGGAUAUGGAUAA